UUGUCACAACACGAAUAAUUAUGGCUACAAAAGUGUAUUUUGGGGGGGAAAAAAAACCCUAUACGCACCGCAUUAUCAGGCUUUGCUAUUCCUGUCGUCGUUAGCUCGCACCUUAUCCCCCGAUUCUCCAGCGUGCGCCCCAAAACCCAAAACCUCCAUUUCUCUCCAUCUCAUCAAUGGAACUCUCCUCUUACUUCACCUCUCCCCUCCUCAAAUCAUCGGAAAUCUGCUUCUCUCAUUCCAUCUCGCCAUUCCCACUCCAAAUCCACUUACCCACCAAAAACUUACCUUUGCACAAGACCAUCCGCGUCUUCGCCGUAGCGCUAGAGUCGCAGGAGCUCCCUCAAAACAGCCCCCAGCGGCUUCUCAGAGAGCUCCAAGAGCGCAAGAAAUUCACUUCCCCAAAGAAGAAACUCCCGCCAAAGCGGUUCAUCCUAAAACCCCCGCUCGACGACAAGAAGCUCGCCGAGAGGUUCCUCAACAGCCCUCAGUUGUCCCUGAAGCAGUUCCCUCUACUGAGCUCUUGCUUGCCUUCUUCCCGUUUGAACAAUGCUGACAGAACUUGGAUGGACGAGUACCUGCUGGAGGCCAAGCAGGCUCUAGGGUACCCUUUGGAGCCGUCGGAUGGGCUUGCCGAUGAUAACCCAGCGAAGCAAUUUGAUACUCUUCUGUAUUUGGCGUUUCAGCAUCCCAGCUGCGAGAGGACGAAUGCCAGGCAUGUGAGGUCAGGGCAUUCCAGACUAUGGUUCUUGGGGCAGUACGUGCUUGAAUUGGCCUUGUGUGAGUUUCUUCUGCAGAGAUAUCCUAGGGAGUCUCCUGGGCCUAUGAGGGAGAGAGUUUAUGGGUUGAUUGGGAAGAAGAAUAUGGCUAAGUGGAUCAAAGCUGCUAGCUUGCACAACUUGGUAUUCCCUUAUGAUGAUAUCGACAAGCUGAAGAGGAACGAAAGAGAGCCGCCGGUGAAGUCAGUUUUCUGGGCUUUGUUUGGUGCAAUUUAUUUGUGUUAUGGGAUGCCAGAAGUGUACCGUGUUCUUUUUGAAGUGUUUGGGAUGGAGCUUGAAGCAGAGGAUUGCCAGCCAAAGUUAAGAAGACAACUUGAAGAUGUCGAUUAUGUUUCUGUUGAAUUCGAAGGCAACAAGCUGAGUUGGCAAGAUGUUGCUACUUAUAAGCCUCCUCCAGAUGCACUAUUUGCACAUCCAAGGCUUUUCAGGGCUUGUGUUCCACCAGGUAUGCACAGAUUCAGGGGCAACUUGUGGGAUUAUGAAAGCAGACCCCAUGUGAUGCGCACGCUUGGAUAUCCCUUGAAAAUGGCUGAUAGAAUUCCAGAUAUUACUGAAGCAAGGAACAUCGAACUCGGGCUUGGAUUGCAGCUUUGUUUCUUGCAUCCAUCAAAAUACAAGUUUGAACAUCCUAGAUUUUGCUACGAGCGCUUAGAGUAUGUCGGCCAAAAGAUUCAGGACAUUGUUAUGGCUGAGAGGCUGCUGAUGAAGCAUCUAGAUGCUCCAGGGAAAUUCCUAGCAGACAGACACCGGCGGAUUCUGAUGAACAAGUUCUGUGGGAGGUAUUUGAGGGAGAAACGACUGCACCAGUACAUGGUCUAUGCCGAGCAGGUCCAAGACAGGUACGAACACAACAGGAGGAUGAAGAACCCAACCACUACCUCGGUUCAGCAAGCCCUUCAUGGGCUGUCGUACACCGUGUAUGGGAAACCAGACGUCCGGCGCCUCAUGUUUGAAGUCUUUGAUUUUGAGCAAAUUCAACCCAAACCAGUGGGAUGAUUUCUUUCAUCCAUUGUUUAUAUAUGGGUGUAGUAAACCAUUUUUCACAUCUGGAUUUAGAGGCUUUUACUGAUUUUUUACAUCGAAACUAGAAUCUAUAGUAUGCUUUAACAACCAGGUUUAUGUAAAUACGAUAGUCAGAGCGCACUGGCUCUUGUUGUAGCUGUAUGGGAUAAUGGAAUUGGGAGCAUAGUGGCUAGAUGAAAUCAAACGACAUUCCUCGACGUCGGCCUGUUUGCUGUAUUAAAAAACAAUAAAUGAUCUUUGUGUAC